UCUAUUUCUACUUCAAGAAAGUUCAUCUCAGUACAUUUACGACAUUCUGACUUAGUAUUGAUUCAAUUCCUGAUCGUACCUUUGCGCUCGAGAGUAGGUCAUUUUGCCGCGUUGGUCGUGGAAACAAAAUGGCAGCUGCUGAAGAAGCAAUUUGCAAAAAGCGAAAGCUACCAGAGGAAUCCGAGAUCGAGAUCGACGUCUCUGCACCUGAACCCCCAUCAAAGAAAGCUCUGCGUAAAGCAAAGAAGAAGGCUGCUGAUGCAUCAUCGGAGGUUAUCAGCGAACAGACCAAAGCCGUCACUGGCAACGAAGAAGCCCCCAAAAAACGUUCGGAAUACGGCAUUUGGAUUGGGAACUUGGCGUUUUCCGUUACCAAAGACGACCUGCGCAAUUUCUUAACAAGCAAUUGCUCUUUCCCAGAUACCACAAUCACUCGGAUACAUUUACCUAGAUCAUUGGAGAGGCACGGGAAAGCCCAGAACAAAGGAUUUGCCUAUAUCGAUUUCUCCAACCAGAAGGCCACGAAUGAGGCAUUGGGGCUGAGUGAAAGUCUCCUAACUGGGCGCCGUGUACUUAUAAAGGAUGCAAAGAGCUUUGCUGGUAGACCAGAAAAGUCCCGUGAAGAGGUUCAGAAGAACGGCUCUACUACGGCAGCCUCUGGCAACCCUCCCUCCAAGCGUAUAUUUGUCGGCAACCUCGGCUUUGAUGCCACAAAAGAAAUCAUCGAGGAACACUUUGGAAAAUGCGGACCUGUGGCCCAUGUACAUGUAGCAACAUUUCAAGACUCCGGAAAAUGCAAGGGUUAUGCUUGGGUGACAUUUGAAGAUCUCAUGGCUGCUGAAGCAGCGGUGAGGGGCUUCGUUAUGGUUGACGAAGACGAAGACGAAGGAGAUAGUGAGCCCGACUCUGAGAAUCGCAAGAAGUCGAAGAAGCCAAAACAGAGAAGGGCAUGGGUAAAUCAACUUUUGGGCCGGCGUAUGCGGAUGGAGUUCGCAGAAGAUGCAACAACACGAUACAAGAAGCGCUAUGGCAAGGACGGCGAAGGCAAGAAAAUUCGGACUGCAGAUAUCAGUGAAGCAGAGCCUUCUGUCCAAGAGGCAACCGGAGAACAAUCCCAACGGUCAGGACCCGCGACACUCAAGCAGGGCAAGGCGGAUUACUCGAGGUACGACAAGGAAACCGUGCAAAAGCUUAGCGGUGCCAUCGUUGAGUCUCAGGGAAAGAAGAUCACUUUCGAUUGAGAAUAAUUGGUGGCCAAUGACAAAAUCCUUUGUGUCUAGGAAACCCUUACUGGGGAAAAGAUGCACUGCAGGCACGAGUUAUUCAUUAUUUCAGCUCACGCCGAUGAAUCUGUUGCCGUUCGGGGAUAGUGAAGCCUUGCAUAGUACGGAGUAGUAAUCAACAAUUUGCUCUUUCCCGAGCAUUUGUUACACUAUCUGGCGAGUAUAUCCCCACCUUAUACCUGGAGAGCAACGAUAACGUGUCUGAAAUAAAAUAGCUGGCAAACAGC